CGGAGCGGGACCCGGCGAGAGGCGGAUUUAAGGAGUGGCACCGUGGGCAAGUAACUGCUCUGCGCCCCGUGCCCACCUCGGAGCCCCGCUGCUGCCCUCCUCCCCCGGCAGGAUGCCUGUGAAAGGAGGCACCAAGUGCAUCAAGUACCUGCUCUUCGGCUUCAACUUUAUUUUCUGGCUCGCAGGAACAGCAGUUCUUGCGAUUGGACUAUGGCUUCGGUUCGAUUCCCAGACCAAAAGCAUCUUUGAUUUGGAGUCCAACAACACGACGUUCUAUACAGGAGUUUACAUUCUAAUUGGAGCUGGUGCACUCAUGAUGUUAGUUGGUUUCUUGGGAUGCUGUGGUGCACUGCAGGAAUCACAAUGUAUGCUUGGCCUGUUCUUUCUCUUCCUCUUCGUGAUUUUUGCCCUUGAAAUCGCUGCUGCAAUCUGGGGAUUUGCAAAUAAGGAAAAGGUUAUUGAAGAGCUAAAAGAUUUCUACAUGGAAACCUAUGCAAAAAGGUCUCAAGUAGCUGCCAGGGAAACACUGAAAGCAUUUCAGCUAGCUCUGAACUGUUGUGGUGUUACAGGAGGUCUUGAGCAGCAGUUCAUGGACACCUGUCCCAAGAAGAGCUUUCUUGAGUCAAUUGCUGUAAAGUCAUGCCCUGAUGCCAUCGAUGAUGUCUUUAAUUCCAAAUUGAACGUGAUUGGAGCAGUUGGCCUUGGCAUUGCUGUAAUAAUGAUAUUCGGCAUGAUAUUCAGCAUGAUUCUUUGCUGUGCUAUCCGCAAAAACAGAGAAAUGGUCUAAAGAGGGAGAAAAACAAUGCACUAUAAAAUCUUUGUCAUUAACUUUAGCAUUCUCAAAGCAUUUCUAAGAAGUUAUAUAUUUGUUACCUUUUUAAUGCUUUAUUUGGUACUGAUAUAGGUUUGCUUUUUAUGUUAUAGGUUAAAACGAUAAAGGUAUUACCUGACUCAAGACAAAUAUUGUACAUAAACUAUCUGACUUUCUUGAAACUUAAUGUAAUUUGGAUGUAAUUUAUGUUGGAGACAAUUUGAUACUUAAUAAAGAGUAAGACAUAUUGUAUGUUUGUGGGGGGAGAAGGUUUUACUAGUAAGCAAUCAUACUAUGUAUUUAAUGUUUGUUACAAAGUUGAACUUGUACAGCAAAGUCUUUGUUAAAUCACCAAAGCUGUACUGUUAAAGCAGGGGAAAAUCCUGCACGUCAGCCCUGCAUUUGUAGGGAAGCAUGGAGAGAAAGGGGUGUGUGGGGACACCCAAACCUGGAAAAAGCUCUUUUUGGCUUGCAUACUAGGGAAAGCUGUAAGUGGAGGUUAAACUUCAAAGCAUUCCUAUUUCCUUUGAGUUAGAACAAUUGUUAAGGAUAUGCCUAAGGUUACUGCUGCACCAUUUUUCUUCAGCUUAACUUUCAUAUUGGAAGCCCUAGCAGCAGCUGUAUCAUAGUGCUCUCAGCCUGGGCUAGAGCUGGGUGGCAGAUCUUUGUAUUAGGCCUCCAGCGGGUGAUGUGGCCUUGAGCUCUGGACAGGGCUUAUAGGAUUUCUUUCCAGGGCUGUCAUUGUGCUUUGUCCCUCCAAAGCAAGCACCAUCUCGGGAACUACAGCAAAAUCGAGUUUCCAAGCAGGAAAACACAAAACCACAAGAAUUAGGCUAGAAAUUGUUGUUCAGUUCUUCAGUGGUUGCUGAAAGUUGGCAACUAGAAGUGAUAAUUUUAGGUUACUUCAAAUGCAGAUAACUCUCAACUUAAAAAAAAAAAAAAUACCCAUACUCUGAAUGAAUGGCUGGGUGUCUUGCCUAUCUUUGUGCUAGGUUUCUUGGAAUUUUUGCUGUUUGUCUAAGAGUUUAUGCAAAUCAUAUAGCUCUCUUCUGUAAUGUGUUUCCCUGGGUGGCUGUGAGAGAGCCUGAAGGGAAAAAAUUAAUCUCAGGUGGAAGAAUAAGAAGCCGGGUGUCCUUGACCAUCCCUUCAGCUCUUACAGAACAGCACGAGGCAGCAUUUUGUUGCCAGACACAUGCCUGGGGCUGAGGCUGCAUCUGGCACCCAGAAGAGCUGGAGGGAAUUGCUUGCUCCCAUAAUGAAAGCUAACUGCUGACUUCAGCGAGCCUUACCUUAGGCUCCACGUAGGUUGUGGGUAUUCAAGUCACCUAGCCACCUAUGCACAACACAAAGUUUGGCUUUAUUCCAGCAAUAAUAGUCCCUGAAAAAUGCAGUGGAAUGUGACUAAAGUGAUGAGACAAUUACUGUUACUUUGAGAAGUGAACCGUAGGCCUAGCUCUGCAGCUGGUGGCAUGAUUUUGGCUGUGAGCAGCAGUGCAACUGAGCAGUGCCAGCUGCAGUUAGUGCCCAGAGACUCACAGACAAGUCAAUUUAGGCUCUGCAAGCCAUAAACGCACACCUUCUGCUAUGACAUUUUUUACAAAAGAUGAAACGUGGCUUGCCAUGGAACAACCCCAUUCACCCCCAACACUGUCGUUUUAAACACAGUUUUUGUUUAUAAUGAUUUAAUGUCUCUGUGGUGGUUUCCCUUCCCUGCCCCCCCCACACACAUGCCAGGGGAAAAAAAAAAUGUCUUUUAGUCACCAAAGGCAAUUUUUGGGCUUUCUUCUGGAACAGUCUGCCGUUAUGUUGGUUGAUAGCUCAUCAAUUACCAACUGGUAAAAGGUUAGGUAAAACUCAUGUUCAUUGUUUUAUUGUAGAGGAAAUGGC